AAUAUCCGUUUCCGGGCUCAACGCCGGAAGUGCUGGUCUCCGUUGGAAACGAGGUCUGGGGGAACUCUGCGACCAGCUGGGACGUGGUAGCCGCGCGUUUUUCGGCGAGCGGGGCGACGUUUUGAGCCGGGAUUGGCACUCGUGCUGGAAGAGGAAAGAGUCCCGAGGGAGGAAAGAGAGGCGAAGAUGGGCCGUAGGAAGUCAAAGCGCAAGCCUCCACCUAAGAAAAAGAUGACAGGGACACUUGAGACCCAGUUUACAUGUCCUUUCUGUAACCAUGAGAAAUCCUGUGACGUUAAAAUGGAAAGAGCUCGGAAUACUGGGGUGAUAUCUUGUACUGUAUGUCUGGAAGAAUUUCAGACCCCUAUCACUUAUCUUUCAGAACCAGUGGAUGUUUACAGUGAUUGGAUAGAUGCUUGUGAGGCAGCCAAUCAAUAACAGCAACUGUAGAGGAACUUACUGGAAGUUAAACAAUGUUUCUUAAUUCACGGGUGGGGCUAUUUGUUUCAUAAUGCGUUGGAGAUACAGUUGGAGUGACUAGGAAACGGGUCUUGUGCCCUUUUUUUCCUAUCCAGUAACCUGUCCUUUUAUAUGAAUAUUGUGGAGUUUAGAGACGAAAGACUACCAAAAAAGACCUGCAAGCAUGGGAAGGGUCAGUUUUUAUUCAGGUUGGUGCUUGGGAAAUUCCUCUCAAGAUUGAAGUCUUAGGUUCAGUGCCUCAAGCGCUGCUGCUCCACCUUUGUUGAUUUAUGUUGGGCUUGUACGGAAGGGCUUCCACACAAGCUUCUCUGCCAUUCUGUGAUAGUUCCUGGAAUAUUGUAAAUAGAUACUGUAUCCCUUGUGGCCAUGUUAAAUUGCAAAGUAUAGUUAGCAAGAAUACAUGGAAUGUAAGAAAAAAUAGCCCUGUCUUGGUCCCAUGAUACAAGCUUUUAGAUUUAUCUGGUGGAACAAGAAUCAUGAAGACAACUUUUUCUUGAUGUGUCUCCAGUUAGGAUGGCAGCAUGUUGCCUCUGUUUUAACAUGCCAGAAGUUGUGUGCAGGUCUCUUCCGUGGCACUGGGCAUGGGAUUUUGAGAACUGUAUUAUGUAAUAAAGUUUAAUUCAGA